AUGAGUCGGCAACUGAAUUUGAAAGAGUCGUUUGCAAAUGUAAAGAAGAGAAGACGUUAUUCUAAUGAAGACAUUGCAUUAUCAACGUUAUCAUCAUUACCACCAGUUUGUUCAACUACAUCAUCAUUGCCACCAGUUUGCUCAACUACAUCAUCAUUGCCAACAGUUUGCUCAACUACAUCAUCAUUACCACCAGUUUGUUCAACUACAUCAUUAUCUACAACAGGUUCCCUAUCUACUUCACUGACAUCAACAUCAUCAUUUUUAUCACAAUCAAUUUCAUCACCAACAGAACCAAUAACGCCACCGAUAUUUCAGUUACAGACAACAAUUUCUGUUUCUUCUCCAUCAAUAGAUUCUGAACUCUCUAUUGUCACUGAACAUAAUUGUGCUCCAACUGUUUUUGAAAACCUCUCAUCAAACAGUCUAAUUACAACUGCAUCAUCUAUCGAUAUAUAUGAUCCGAAUGAUAUUGGUAAUUUUAUUGAUAUAUCGGUUACUAAACAAGAUGCUACUCGAAUCUAUGAUGUACUUAAAAAGCCCUGGACUCCACCACUCUUCUACAAGUUUCCGAAAGUCGAUCAUAAAGGACAUUCUCGAUCAGUAUGCGUUUCGAAAUGGCUGAUUGAUUUUCCUUGGCUUUCUUGGAUCGAUAAACAAUCGGCUAUUAUUAUAUUCAGACAACUAUUUGGUUCUAUUCUAAUUGUUCUCGAGUACUUAUCUAUUCAUGGUGAUAGUGAAACAUCAGCUCUUUCUGGUGCAUAUCACAAAUCAAUCUCAUCGGACAUUGAGUUUAUUACGUCACUUAUCGUUGUUUCUCGUGUCUUCGCGCUUACGAAACCGUAUACUGAAAAUCUACAAUCACCAACAUGCGAUCUCGUACUAUGCUACGACAAGAUCGAAGAAUUGGCAUUGUAUUUAACUGAACUCUUGAAUGAUGACAAUACGGAUAAAUUGUACGACGAUUUGAUUCAAUUUUCUACUCAAAAUGAUAUUCCAUUUGUACUUUCGCGUCGAAAGAAAAUAACACCACGUGCAUUCUUCGAAUCAAUUUAUCAAGCUUUUAUUUCGAGCACAAUCGAUGAAUUGGGUCCACGAUUUUCUACACAUCAGAAGCUUGCCAUAAAAAUCUCCAAAUUAAUGCCUCUUCAUGUCAAGGGAGUCGAAUUCGCCGAUAUGAAGGAUACAUUCGAAUUUUACAAGGAGGAUCUGCUGUCGGACAACUUUUUUGUACUCGAAAGUGAGUUCGAGAUGUGGCGAAACAUGUGGCAAAAACAUAAUGAUCAUGAUCUUCCAUGUACUAUUCGUCAAGUUCUCAAAUCAACAUAUGCACAACGUGAAUUUUAUCCAAAUAUUUAUCGUCUUCUCACCAUCUUUGCUACUCUGCCAGUCUCUAUCGCCACUUCUGAGCGAUCUUUUUCUACUUUGAAGCUCGUGAAAACUUAUCUCAGAAACUCUAUGGCUGAUGAACGACUUAGUGCUCUGGCUUUUCUACACAUUCACAAAAGUACUACAUUGACAACUGAUCCACAAGAUAUCAUCGCUGAAUUCGCCAAGCGAAAUCGACGAAUCAAACUAUUUGAAGAGUGA